AUGGCGAACUUGAAGGCCAUGCUCUGCCUGGCGCUGAUAGCCACAAGCGCCUCACAAUCCUCUGCAGACAUCGGCAGCUUCUUUCACAGCCUCGGGGACACGUUCAGCAGCGCAGGCAGCACCAUCAAGGACGGCGCCCAGGCAACCUUCCAGGUCGUCAAAAACGGGACAGUUGAGGCUGCAAAUGUCACAGGCAUGCCCUCUCAACCUACUGCAAAACCACCUCUGCCGUGUGAAGCAUUCAAGAAUGCUGGCAGUGCUGUGGUGGACGGGGCGAAAGAUGCUUACAACAAGACUGCCACAUACGCGCAGCAGCACUUUGAGGGGACACGGAGAGAAAUCAACACUCUGGAGGCAGUGCUGAAGAACACAACGUCUGACCUCAAACAGACGGUAAUAAAUUUCAAGGACAGCGCGAUGCGCGAGCUGCGGCCCGUUACGGACGAAGUGGAGGCAGCUGCCGAGCGGCUGUCCAACACGACCGUAAGGGUCGUCUCCGACGGCGUCUCCGGCGUCGUGUCAUUUGGGAACGACACCUGGCACGCGAUCACCGAUGAGUCAGCUGCCCUUGGCCCUGCUGUCCAAGCCUCUGCUGGCAAGCCAGACCCGGUGACGGUGGACGCGACGGAUGCGCGCUCGAUUCUGGCGGCUCUGGCGCGCAACGCGAGCGACGGAGGUUUCCCGGCGCUCGCGCAGAGCAUCGUGGUGGCUCUCGCAGAGGGCCGCGGCCGCGCCGUCUCCGACGCCGUUGCCUCCGCUCUGGCAAUUGACGGCGGCAGGAAUGCCAGCCAGGUGUCGCAGGGCCUGGCGCAGGCGUUUGCAACGGCGAUGCUGGCGGCAGGGAACGCCGCGGUGCAGAAUGCGGCGCGCAUCAAUUCGACGGCGAUAGCGGAAGCAUACAUUGCAGGGCUGCAGGACGCUGUGGGCAACUGCACUGCUGCUACAGAGACCAGCAUUCCGCCCAACACCCAAGCCUGGUUCCAGUUGUACGCGGACAAAUGCUGCGGUGAAGUGACAGAUACGCUCAGCCGCAUGUCAGUCAUCAUGCAGCAGGUUCCUGACAGGGCUGCGUCUGAUGCAUGGUUCAGCGCUCUUGGCGCGAGCUACGAGCUUGGGAGGACGCCUGUAUUCAAUCUGGCGAGAUGCCUGGCUGCAGACAAGGCAUUCGUGUCUGCACAGGUGGCAUGAUAGCAUUGCGUCGGACUCUUAUGAUUCUUUAGAUCAAGAACCCAAUUGAACACAAUCAAACUGCUGGACCUAAAUUGUUUGAGAGAAUUAUUGCUGGAACUCUACGGUUUGUGCAUGAUAUUUGAGCGACCGUCUUUUGCAACUGAUGCAAUGGCUGGGUGCGCACCACUGGGUGAAUUGCAUGCAUGUUCAGAUGAGAUUUUGCUGAGAUGAGGCAUGGCAUAAGGCAGUAGCCACGGAACUUCAAGAACAGAUGUGUGGAAUCAGGAACGGAACUGAAUGGUGAAGUACCAGUUGAUGAAGGCAAGGCGCAAUAAGCAUCUAAGAUUGGCAUAUGCAAAGCUAAUAUGACUC